AUGUACCAGAGUACGGAAGAGUUGCUAAUGAACCCCGAUUCACUAGGAUUUGUCGAUGAUUACGAUUCAAAAUCAAAGGAAGAUAAUGAUGAAAGCAUGGAGGAUUCAUCGAUGGAAGAUAUUCUCCCAAAUGGAGAAGUUUUACUUAGAUUGACCUCUUCGAGGAAAUAUCAACCAUUGAAAUCAGAUGAACUUGGUAAAAGGCUGAAAUUCAAACUAUCACCAAAUUCCUUACAAAAUUUUGCAUAUUUCACUGAGGACAAAAUGACAGAUUUGUAUCCGUUUAGACUACCAAAAUUGAAUGACUCCCCAGCUUUCAUCAAUUACGUUUCAAAACUUUUUGAAAUAUACGAUUCCAUGGGUAAUGAUAGAAUUUAUUCCGUUCAAACAAUUGGGUUAAUCAAUUCUACAUUCGAACAAAAUCAUAUCGAAACAGUUAACUUGGCAAUGGAGGCAGUAGUUACCGAACUCGAGGUAUAUAUUGAUUCAUUGAAUGACACCUCAAAAUACUCUAAUAUUGAUAAAGUUUUAGAAUUAGAAGAAAGUCUAACUAUCUUAAAUUGUUUGAAACUCUUUCAUUUCACUCUGGAUUAUCCAACAGCCAAUAAUAGAAAUGGCACCGAUUAUAAUAUACGAGGUAUAUUUAUUUCAGGUCUUAUUAAUUGGAUAAACAGAUCUGACGGUGAACCGAAUAGUGAAUAUAUUGAACAAAUCUUUGGUAUAUCAACAGAGACUGAAGUCUUCAUUCUACCAAUCUUUUGGAAGUUAGUUAAUCAAUUGCUGUUAAGAGGUUUAUUCGAUCAAGCUAUUGGCUGCAUAGAGAGAAGUGGUUUUUUACCAUUUCUAGGAAAGACAUGUAAAGUAUCAUCAAACGCUAUCCUAGAUUUAAUUGAACUUUUGAAAAAAUAUCCCAUAGAUUCAGAUGAAUCAUCCUUCAGAGAAUGGAAAUCUUUAACCUUAGAAUUGGCUCAAAUGUUUUCAAACACGGAAACAUCCGUGUCAGGAGAAUUACGGGAUCAUAUCGAAGAUACCCUUUUAUUAAUCAGUGGUAACCAGCAUAAGAUUCUUUACUAUUCCAAUACCUGGUAUGAGUCGGUCUCUGGGUUUUUGUUAUACUAUAUCCCCACUAUGGAAUUGAUAGAUGAAUAUUUACAACUAUCAUUACAAUCUAAACCAUUAGACGUUACAAACAAUUGGGAACAGUCAUGUGUGGAUAUUAUUAAAGGUGAUAUCUACUCAAUUUUACCAGUAUUGGAGUCUCUAGACACGUGUACUGCAGCUUUUUCAGCCGCCAUCUGUCAUGCAAAGGGUUUACUAGAGAAUAAUAUUGGAUCUCUCCAAGAUGUUAUGAUUGAUGACGAAGUUACAAUUGCAGAAGAUUUAUUUUCGCCAAAAAAUGGUAUGGCUUCUUAUUUAUUAAGUAGUUUUGCAUUCGAAUUAUGUUCAUUGGGGAACAGGGCUGUAUGGCCCGUUGCCAUCGGUCUGAUAACAUUAACGCCAACAUUAACUACAAGUUGUAAAAAAACAGCAAUCAGUGAAUUAAUGCAUCACUAUCCAUUUGAGACGAACGAUGAUAUUGAAUGGAUGCUGAGCGUUUGUGCCAAAUGGAAAUUGCCUCACGUAGCAACUUCAUUAUUUACAAAAUUGGGUAGUUCUAUGAUAUAUGAAGGUAAGACGAUAGAGGCAAUGACUAAUUUCAGUAAAGCAGGUAAAUUCGAUCUGGUGAAAGAUUAUUCCUGGACAUUGUUUGAAGCCUCAGCAAUCAAUGGUAGACCAUUAGAUGAUGAAAUUUUGAAUGCAAUUGUAACAAACAAAGAGAACGACGAAAUGUUUCUUUCGGAAGAUAUUGUUAAUAAUUUGGUUACAGGUGCCAUGAGACAAACUUUAGCGCCAUAUGCUGUUUUGUACAAGUUUUAUCAAGCCAAAGAGAGAGAAUUUUGGGAAGAAGCAUUGGCUUUAUUGGUAACAUUAAUUGAAUUCCAAUAUCUGCCGAGUUACUACUUGAUCUUACUCAUGGCAAAAUUUCUGUAUCCAAUUUAUUUGAUUGAUAAUUCCAAGAAAGUAAGUGAAAAAACUGUAAUCAGCGUAAUCGAUGUAAUAGAGAAAAGAUGGGAUUCAAAUGAUGAUAAGUGUCAAAAUGUAUAUCAAGCUAUCUUAGAUCAUUCCCAUGAUACAAAUGAUGAAGUACUCGCAAAAUUAUUGCCUGACAAUUUAGAUGAGUUGCUGAUACUUAUUAGACAAAAAUUAAGCUACAAACUUUGCCAGGAAUUCAUGUAA